UUUAAAAUUAUAGGUAUACUUUCAGAAUUUUUUUUAUUAAUUACCUUAAACAAAUCUUUGACAUUUGUUGCAAUUCUCUUGUUUUUAUAUUUUUUCACCUACAUGGCGUUUAUAUUAUAUUUGGGAGUAAAAAAUUGUAAAUUUUGCCGGUAACAUGACAGCAUAACCUAAAAACUUCUAUAGCGAUGUAAAGAUCGUUGUGUAGGUGUGUUUGUUUCAUAUAGUCACGUGUAAAAUGUGCAUCAUUAACGGUUGUUAACGUUAAUCUGAGAAUUAGUUGUUUCUUUAUCAAGAAGUUUAGAUAAUAAUUUUAGUUUUGUUUUUGUCACGUAAGUUUCAAAUUGGAAAACAAGACUUAAUUUGUGUGUGAUUUCGUUUCGUGAAAAAAAUGCAUUCUAUAAGGUUAUGUGACUAUGAUUGCAUUGGUUUCGAUUUAGACAAUACUUUAUUACGAUACAAUAUAACAAAUUUAAUAAAACUAGAAUAUGGAUUGAUGGUCGAUUUUCUCGUUGAAAAUAAACAGUAUAGUGCAAAGUAUUUGAAAAGCACUUUGACUGAUGGUGAUUUUGACUUUAUGCAAAAAGGGUUAGUUUUGGAUAUUCAACGAGGUAAUAUUCUCAAGCUCGAUGCUAGUGGAUUAAUUUGGAGGGCUGCUCAUGGAACAAGAUUAUUAACAAUUGAAGAAUUACAAUCAAUUUAUCCGAAUCAGAGAAGUGAACUUUCUGAUAAAUUUGUACAAAAUAUGUUUUCCGUUUGGAAUGGUGAUCUUUCAGUGCAAAUUAGAGCUCUAUUGGAUUAUUUUGAUAUAUCGGUGAGUCUUAUUUUCGCUAAGAUGGUCGAUGCUAUCGACGAGAAAAAUGGAAAGCAGAAUGGUUACACCAUUUGGCCUGAUAUUCUGGAUGCUCUGUCAUAUAUUUUCUCAAAAGAAAAAUUUCAAUCCAAUGAGGGUGUUUUUUUUUAUAUUAAAUUACAUCCCGAAAAGUACUUGCAUAAAUGCUCUUCUGAAACUAUUUCUUGGAUUCGAGAAUUAAAGAAAAAGAAGAAAACUUUUCUAAUUACUGGAUCGGAUAAAGAUUUCAUCGAUUUUACAGCGAGUUAUGCACUUGGCAAAGAUUGGAGAUCUCUUUUCGAUAUUGUCAUUUGUUAUGCCAAAAAGCCAGGAUUUUUUGCUUUGGAAAGGCCAUUUUUAGGAGUUGAAGACAAGGCAUUGGAAAUUGUGAAUGUAAAAGAAUUUGUUGAAGGCGGUAUUUACAGUCAAGGGAAUUGGAAGGAACUUUUGAAAUUUUUUACUCGAAUUACAGGAAAAAAUGAACCACUUUGUUUGUAUCUUGGUGAUAAUAUAGUGCAGGAUGUUUACGUUCCGAAUGCGAAUGCCAAUUGUGACAUUAUGGUAGUUGUCGAUGAACAAUUAGCGGAAAAAAUGUUACAUCACGAAUUGUCACACACUGAUGAAAAUAUUAUCAAUUCGAAAUUUUGGGGUUCAUAUUUCUCGUUACAAGAGUCCGAUGGUUUUAAAGAUACUUUUUGGAAUCAUAUAAUCCGAACUCAUUCGAAACUUUGCAUUCCUAAAGUCGAUAUCAUUACUACGAUUCCUUUAGAUCAGUCGAUAGAAUGUUUCGUUAAAGACGACAAUAAUUCAAGCGGAUAUUAUCCAGCAAAACCUCUUUCUUUACACGUUUAAUUUCCUCUUUUUUACUAAAGAGAUUAUUAUUUUUAUAGUUUAGUGAUCUGUUAAAUGAAAAAAUUUCUAUGUGUUCCUAUGUUGAAAAUUACCAUUUUUUUCGUUAAUUAGUAGAAUAAUUUUGUUCUUUAGUAGCAUUCGUAAGUUGCUUACCAUAAUGUUCAAAUUAAAUGACUUUGUUUUUUUAAAAUCUGAAUUUUUGUA